UAUAUUGCUUUUCUUUGCUUAUUUAUGAACUACAAUAUUUUAAACUUAAUUGUCAAGGAUUAUAACUCAUUAUAAAAAUAGUUGGUUGGUUGUUGAUGGUAAUGUAAAAAUUGAUUUGGUUGGGUUGGAUAAAUAGAAGAGAGAAAAAAUAGUUAUUUAGUGAAUGAUAUUGUUGGGUUGGGUUGUGAAUGUGGAUGGUCUUAUAAACUUGAUCAAUCAAACAAUCUAUUAGCUUUCAAAAAUAUCAAUGGUAAAAAUAAACCAUCCGUUGACAAACAUCUGACAUGCUCCAACAUGUUUAGUUGAUCUGAUCUGAUUAUAUUUCAAAUUAGGCCGAAAUCUGGUUUUCGUGAUUAAAUCAAAACCAGAACGACAUGGCGUCGGAUGAAGUGAAAUUGUAUGCGGUCGGAGGAAGUCCAUUUGUUUGCAGAGUCGAAAUUGCUUUAAGUCUUAAAGGAAUCAAGUAUGAAAUCAUUGAAGAAGAUCUGAAAAACAAGAGUGUCGAUCUUUUGAAGUAUAAUCCGGUUCAUAAGCAGGUGCCGGUGCUGGUGCACAACGGAAAGCCGAUAUCAGAGUCACUUGUGAUCCUCGAGUACAUUGAUGAUGUCUGGAAUAUGAAGUUUCCUAUUUUGCCCCUUGAUCCGUAUGAAAAGGCUCUCGCUAUAUUUUGGACUAAAUUCGUCGAUGAUUCGUGUAUUCCUGCAAUAUUCAAAGUGUUUGGCAACGUCGGAGAUGAACAAGCUUUCGCAAAAGCUUGUGAGCAAUUGCAAAUACUAGAAAAUGAACUCGCGGCCAAAGCUAAGAAGUUCUUUGGAGGUGACAACAUUAAUAUAGUUGAUAUUGCUGCUGAUUUCAUAGCGUAUUGGCUUGGAAUGAUCGAGGAAGCUACCGAAAUAAAGAUUGUUACUCAAGACAAGUUUCCAAAAAUAAGUGAAUGGGCUGAUAACUUCAUCAAAUGUCCAGUUGUCAAAGAACUCUUACCUCCAAGAGUACUUCCUCCAAGAGCACAAUUGCUUGAAUAUUUUAAGAAACGAUUUGGUAAGGCAUAAUGGUACACGAGAUGUCGAGAGAUUAUAAAUCUAGUCGUUUUAUUAAGGUUUCUGAGUAUGUAUGCUGGGUAAAACUCUGUUAUAGAUAAACAAAAAACAUUUCUUCUCAACUAUAAUAAUUAUGUACAAUGUAUAAUGUAUAACAAGUGAUCAGGUUUGAA